CCCUCCCUCUCCCGCGGGUCACCCAAGCGGCCUGUGAGGAGGAGGCGGAGGAGGUCGUCGGGGGCGGCGGCAGGCGGAGACCGCGCUCCCCCUUUCCCGGCGGCGGCGGGGGCAGGACAAUGGAGGUGGCUGUGGAGAAGGCGGCGACGGCGGCCGCGGCGGCUUCGGCGGCGGCCGCCGGGGGGCCCUCGGUGGCGCCAAGCGGGGAGAACGAGGCCGAGAGUCGGCAGGGCCCCGACUCGGAGCGCGGAGGCGAGGCGGCCCGGCUCAACCUGUUGGACACUUGCGCCGUGUGCCACCAGAACAUCCAGAGCCGGGCGCCCAAGCUGCUGCCCUGCCUGCACUCGUUCUGCCAGCGCUGCCUGCCCGCGCCCCAGCGCUACCUCAUGCUGCCCGCGCCCAUGCUGGGUUCGGCCGAGACCCCGCCGCCCGUCCCCGCCCCCGGCUCGCCGGUCAGCGGCUCCUCGCCGUUCGCCACCCAAGUUGGAGUCAUUCGAUGUCCAGUUUGCAGCCAAGAAUGUGCAGAGAGACACAUCAUAGAUAAUUUUUUUGUGAAGGACACUACUGAGGUUCCCAGCAGUACAGUAGAAAAGUCUAAUCAGGUGUGUACAAGCUGUGAGGACAAUGCAGAAGCUAAUGGGUUUUGUGUAGAAUGUGUUGAGUGGCUCUGCAAGACCUGCAUCAGAGCUCAUCAGAGAGUGAAGUUCACGAAAGACCACACUGUGAGACAGAAGGAGGAGGUAUCUCCAGAGGCAGUUGGAGUGACCAGUCAGCGACCAGUGUUUUGUCCUUUUCAUAAGAAGGAGCAGCUGAAGCUUUACUGUGAAACAUGUGAUAAACUGACAUGCCGAGACUGCCAGUUAUUAGAGCAUAAAGAGCACAGAUACCAAUUUAUAGAAGAAGCUUUUCAGAAUCAGAAAGUGAUCAUAGAUACACUAAUCACCAAAUUGAUGGAAAAAACAAAAUACAUAAAAUUCACAGGAAAUCAGAUCCAAAACAGGAUAAUUGAAGUAAAUCAAAAUCAAAAGCAGGUGGAACAGGAUAUUAAAGUUGCUAUAUUUACAUUGAUGGUAGAAAUAAAUAAAAAAGGAAAAGCUCUACUGCACCAGCUUGAGAGCCUUGCAAAGGACCAUCGCAUGAAACUUAUGCAGCAACAACAGGAAGUGGCUGGGCUUUCUAAACAGUUGGAGCAUGUCAUGCAUUUCUCUAAAUGGGCAGUUUCCAGUGGCAGCAGUACAGCAUUACUUUAUAGCAAGCGACUGAUUACAUACCGGUUACGGCACCUUCUUCGAGCGAGGUGUGAUGCUUCCCCAGUGACCAACAAUACCAUCCAGUUUCACUGUGAUCCUAGUUUCUGGGCUCAAAAUAUUAUCAAUUUAGGUUCUUUAGUAAUUGAAGAUAAAGAGAGUCAGCCACAAAUGCCUAAACAGAAUCCCGUUGUGGAACAGAAUUCACAGCCACCAGGUGGUUUAUCUUCAAACCAGUUAUCCAAGUUUCCAACACAGAUCAGCCUAGCUCAAUUACGACUCCAGCAUAUGCAGCAACAGGUAAUGGCUCAGAGGCAACAGGUGCAACGGAGGCCAGCACCUGUGGGUUUACCAAACCCUAGAAUGCAGGGGCCCAUCCAGCAACCUUCCAUCUCUCAUCAGCAACCCCCUCCACGUUUGAUAAAUUUUCAGAAUCACAGCCCCAAACCCAAUGGACCAGUUCUUCCUCCACAUCCUCAACAGCUGAGAUAUCCACCAAACCAGAACAUACCACGACAAGCAAUAAAGCCCAACCCACUACAGAUGGCUUUUUUGGCUCAACAAGCUAUAAAACAGUGGCAGAUCAGCAGUGGGCAGGCUGCCGCAUCUACUGCCAACAGCACAUCCUCUACUCCUUCUAGUCCUACCAUUACUAGUGCAGCAGGAUAUGAUGCAAAGGCUUUCGGUUCACCUAUGAUUGAUUUGAGCUCACCAGUGGGAGGUUCUUAUAAUCUUCCUUCUCUUCCAGAUAUUGACUGUUCAAGUACUAUUAUGCUGGACAAUAUUGUGAGGAAAGAUACUAGUAUAGAUCAUGGCCAGCCAAGACCACCCUCAAACAGAACCGUCCAGUCACCAAAUUCAUCAGUGCCAUCUCCAGGCCUUGCAGGACCUGUUACCAUGACUAGUGUACACCCACCGAUACGUUCACCUAGUGCCUCCAGUGUUGGGAGCCGAGGAAGUUCUGGCUCUUCCAGCAAGCCAGCAGGAGCGGAUUCUACACACAGAGUCCCAGUGGUCAUGUUGGAGCCAAUCCGAAUAAAACAGGAAAAUAGUGGACCUCCUGAAAAUUAUGAUUUUCCUGUUGUUAUAGUGAAACAAGAAUCAGAUGAAGAAUCUAGGCCUCAAAAUGCCAACUACCCAAGAAGCAUACUCACCUCCCUGCUCUUAAAUAGCAGUCAGAGCUCUACCUCUGAGGAGUCUGUGCUAAGGUCAGAUGCCCCUGAUAGCACAGGAGAUCAACCUGGACUUCACCAGGAAGGUUCCUCGAAUGGAAAGUCUGACUGGCUAGAUGCCUCCCAGAAGUCACCCCUUCAUGUUGGAGAGACCAGGAAAGAGGAUGACCCCAACGAGGACUGGUGUGCAGUUUGUCAGAAUGGAGGGGAACUCCUGUGCUGUGAGAAGUGUCCCAAAGUAUUUCAUCUUUCUUGUCAUGUGCCCACUUUGGCAAAUUUUCCAAGUGGAGAAUGGAUUUGCACUUUCUGCAGAGACUUAUCUAAACCAGAGGUUGAAUAUGAUUGUGAUGCUCCCAGUCACAACUCAGAAAAAAAGAAGACUGAAAGCCUUGUUAAAUUAACACCAAUAGAUAAAAGGAAGUGUGAACGCCUACUUUUAUUUCUUUACUGCCAUGAAAUGAGCCUGGCUUUUCAAGAUCCAGUUCCUCUGACUGUGCCUGAUUAUUACAGAAUAAUAAAAAAUCCAAUGGACUUGUCAACUAUCAAGAAGAGACUACAAGAAGAUUAUUCCAUGUACACAAAGCCUGAAGAUUUUGUAGCUGAUUUUAGAUUGAUCUUUCAAAACUGUGCCGAAUUCAAUGAGCCUGAUUCAGAAGUAGCCAAUGCUGGUAUAAAACUUGAAAGCUAUUUUGAAGAACUUCUAAAGAACCUUUAUCCAGAAAAAAGGUUUCCUAAACUAGAAUUCAGGAAUGAAUCCGAAGAUAAUAAAUUUAGUGAUGACUCAGAUGAUGACUUUGUACAGCCCCGGAAGAAACGCCUCAAAAGCAUAGAGGAACGCCAGUUGCUUAAAUAAGCAACACCAUUGGUGUGUGCUGGUUUUUAGAUUUUUUGUUUUUGUUUUUAAAAAACAUUUUGUCGGUAAUUUUAACAUCAUUACAAAAAGAGUUUGUGACCACUCUGAUCUGUAAGUUUUUGAUGUUUACUAGAUUUUGAUUUCCUUAAUAAACCAUUUCUUUUCA